GGAGCUGGUGACAGCGAGCCCAGGAGCCCAUCUCCCCUCCCUCCAGGUGUUCACUCACCCAAGCAGUGUCAUCACCUCGGAGACCCCUCAGGACGGAGCCAAGGCAAGGUAGGGCACUUCCAGGACCAGGAUGAACUCACUGGUUUCUUGGCAGCUGAUGCUUUUCCUUUGUGCCGUCUCCUUCAGGGAGACAUUAGAAAAGGCGGCGCCCAUGGAGAAUCCUAGAGCCACAGGCCCGCGGCUCAGACCCCCGGCGCUCCUGGCCUCCGGGGCGCAGAGCCCGCGGUGCGCGGAGAGGAAGCCCGCCGCUGCCGGGCCGAGCCCUCGGGGGGCCUCGCUGUGCCCUCCUCCCGAGAGCUCCGCUGGGCCCCAGCUGCCGGGCCUGUGCGCCCCCCGCAGUCGCCUGAUCCCCGCCCCGCGCGGCGGAGUGCUGGUGCAGCGGGAGAAGGACCUGUCCGCCUACAACUGGAACUCCUUCGGCCUACGUUACGGAAAGCGGCAGGCGGCGCCGCCCGGCAGCCGCGGCCGAGGCGCCGGGCGGGGCUGAGCGUGGAGGUGCGGCCUUAGACCUUCCAAUCCCGGACGCGGAUCCGAGCGUGGCUCGGGGCCGCGGCUGGGGGCGGGGCAGUGGG